AUGGCUGCCCCCAUCACCACCAUCGCCGAGAGCAAAGAGCUCCGCGGCCUCAACCUCAUCGCCGCUCACUCGCACAUCCGCGGCCUCGGUGUCGAGCCCGACACCCUCGAGCCCAAGGCCGCGUCGCAGGGCCUCGUCGGCCAGGAGAAGGCCCGCAAGGCUGCUGCUGUCAUACUGCAGAUGGUUAAGGAUGGCAAGAUUGCUGGCCGCGCCGUCUUGAUCGCUGGUCCCCCCAGUACUGGCAAGACUGCCAUCGCUAUGGGCAUGGCUCAGUCGCUGGGUUCUGAUGUCCCCUUCACUAUGCUCGCCUCCUCUGAAAUCUUUUCCCUGGAGAUGUCCAAGACCGAGGCCUUGACCCAGGCCUUCCGGAAGUCCAUUGGCGUGCGGAUAACGGAGGAGAGCGAGAUCAUUGAGGGCGAGGUCGUCGAGAUCCAAAUAGACCGCAGCGUCACGGGUAGCAACAAGCAGGGCAAACUCACCAUCAAGACCACCGACAUGGAGACCGUCUACGACAUGGGAACCAAGAUGAUCGACUCAAUGACCAAGGAGAAGGUCAUGGCUGGAGACGUCAUUUCCAUCGACAAGGCAUCCGGCAAGAUCACUAAGCUAGGCCGCUCCUACACCCGCUCGCGUGAUUACGACGCCAUGGGCGCCGACACCAAAUUUGUGCAAUGCCCAGACGGAGAGCUGCAGCAGCGCCGCGAGGUUGUCCACACCGUAUCGCUCCAUGAGAUUGACGUCAUCAAUUCCCGCACCCAGGGCUUCCUCGCUCUCUUCUCCGGUGAUACCGGCGAGAUUAGGCAAGAGGUGCGCCAGCAGAUUGAUACCAAGGUCGCCGAGUGGAAGGAGGAGGGCAAGGCCGAGCUGGUCCCGGGUGUGCUGUUCAUCGACGAGGUGCACAUGCUCGAUAUUGAGUGCUUCUCGUUCAUCAACCGUGCCCUGGAAGAUCAACUGGCGCCAAUUGUCAUUAUGGCCUCGAACCGUGGUAACACCAAGAUCCGUGGGACCAACUACUCAUCCCCGCACGGCCUUCCGCUCGACUUUCUCGACCGCACCGUCAUCGUUAGCACUACGCCCUACCAGGCAGACGAGAUCAGGCAAAUUCUUGCAAUCCGUGCCCAGGAGGAGGAGAUCGACCUUUCCCCUGACGCUCUUGCGCUUCUUACUAAGAUUGGAUCGGAAACGAACCUAAGAUACGCUAGCAACCUCAUUACCACUUCGUAUCUCCUUGCUCAGAAACGCAAGGCAUCGGAGGUCAGCAUCGACGAUGUUCAGCGCAGCUACAAGCUCUUCUUCGACCCUGAUCGCAGCGCCAAGUUCGUCACCGAGUUCGAAAAGCGCUUCAUCAGCGUCGACGGAGACGUCACGCUCUCGAUACCCAACGGCAGCGGUGCCACUGGCGAGGCCAUGGAGCUGUCGUAG